CAGUGGGGGAACCAUAACUAAGAUAAGGUUUUAAAGCCCUCUUUAUCUUCCCCUUUCAUUUCCCUCUCCUCUCUGGCCUUUCAUCUAUUGCAGGAACAACUCCAUCAUCAGUUAGCUUUCAGUCACAGGGACUUUGUUACAGGGAAAGAAACCAUCUUUCAGGGACCCUUUUUAAACAAAUUGCUCAAGUGAAGGUUGUGAUGAAGAACUAAUUCUAGCUGCUGACAGACUGGCCAAUUGGGAUUCAAAGGAAACAUGACGCCAGUAAUCCCAUGUUCUACUAGCAGAAUCGCACUCAUUCCAGGAACUCCCUUCACAUUAAACAAGAUCAAUGUUCCUGCAAGAUGUAGUUUAUCCAGGAAAUCAGCAAAGCAUGCCCAAAGACUCGCCGUCUUACCCUUCCCAGCAUCCAUCAAGUCCUUGCCUAAUUAUAAAACUCAUCAUCAUGCUUUGGCUCACAGAAGCACAGUCUUUGUUUCAGUAUCAGCCACAGGCACAGACGUAGCUGUUGGGGAACCAGAAACUCCUCUGACAAGUGAGGAAGAUUCUAGUAAAGCCUCAGAAGUUCCAGCAGAGACUGCUCCAGCUCAAGCUAAGCGUGCAAGGCCCGGCAGGAAAAGCGAGAUGCCACCUGUAAAGAACGAGGAUUUGGUUCCUGGGGCAAUGUUCACUGGGAAAGUAAGGUCUAUUCAACCAUUUGGUGCAUUCAUCGACUUCGGAGCUUUCACAGAUGGCCUUGUACAUGUUUCCAGGCUGAGUGAUAGCUAUGUUAAGGACGUUGGAAAUGUCGUCACAGUUGGACAAGAGGUGAAGGUGAGGUUACUCGAAGCAAACACUGAGACAGGUCGCAUUUCUCUUAGUAUGCGUGAUGACGAUGAUAAUGAUGGAAAUAGUAGUAAGCCACAGCAGCAAAGGAAAGAUUAUGCUGCUUCGACAGGUGGUGGAGAUAAGCCGAGGCCUGGAAGAAGAAACACACAAAGGACUGGUCAGAAGAGGGAUGAGAAGACUGCAAAGUUCGUUAUUGGGCAACAACUAGAUGGCACGGUUAAGAACUUGACCAGGUCUGGUGCUUUCAUCUCUCUCCCUGAAGCUGAGGAAGGAUUCUUGCCUGCUUCAGAAGAAGUUAGUGAGGGGUUUGGAAACCUUAUGGGUGGUUCUCAACUGGUGAUAGGACAGGAAGUUAGUGUUAGGGUUUUGCGAAUAAAUAGAGGUCAGUUUACUUUGACAAUGAAAAAGGAAGAAGAUAAUCAGAAGGAGGAUAAGAACUUUACUCAGGGAGUUGUCCAUGCUGCUACUAACCCAUUCAUGGUGGCUUUCCGGAAGAACAAGGAUAUAGCUGAGUUUCUAGAUGAUAGAGAGAAGUUGCAGAAAGAUGCUGAGAUUUCGGAAGAGAAGGAGUUAGAGCAGGAAGAAAGUGUAGCUUCUCCAGAGGUGGCUGUGGAAGCUAACGUUGGUGAGAAGCAGGAGAGCAUAGAGUCUAGCUCAUCAGAAGAAGUGGGUAGUGCUGUUCAAGAUGUAGAAGCUGAGCCAAUCGAAGAACUGGAGAAGAUUUCUGCAACCAUGGACAACGUUGCAAUUGCAGAUCAGAAGGUUGAGGAAGAACCUUCAAUUGAAGCAGUGGAAAGUGAAGCGAAGUCUGAUUUAUCUGCUGAAGCUCCUGUUAGUGACAGUGUCAUAGAGAUCAAUUUGGAAGAGCAAAUUGAAACAGUAGCCUCUGCCACACCAGUAGAGAAUGAAGUUGUCGCAGAAGCUGCUGAUGAGAAUGGCAGUAUCGUUAGUUCAGGUGUGCAUGUGUAAUUCUUUUUCCUCCCACACUGGACGUUAAAGUAAUGAACACUUGGAUCCAUGUUUGACAUUGAGCUCUUUCUUUCUCUUGUCUGAGCAUAGAUGGUGUUGAAAGCAUAGAAAAUUCUGAGUUACCAGGAACUGAAACCCAGGCAGUGGAAAAUGAAACAACUGAAGAAGUGGUUCCACAGAAAGUUGAAGCUAAUGAAACAACUUCUGGUUCUCUAGUUGGAAGUGAGAAGCAGGAUCCUUCAUCCAAAGAGAGUGGGACAACAACAGGUUGCUCUCUCUACAACGUGAUGAUCAUAGCAGCAACCAUCUCACCAGCUCUGGUAAAGCAACUUCGAGAAGAAACAGGAGCAGGAAUGAUGGACUGCAAGAAAGCUCUCUCCGAGACAGGAGGUGACAUCAUCAAAGCUAUAGAAUUCCUCCGAACAAAAGGAUUAGCAAGCGCAGAGAAAAAAGCCAGCAGAACAACUGCUGAGGGAAGAAUUGGGUCUUACAUUCACGACAGCAGAAUCGGCAUCCUGAUUGAGGUUAACUGCGAGACAGACUUCGUCUCUCGAGGAGAAAUCUUCAAGGAGCUCGUGGACGAUCUAGCAAUGCAAGUGGCUGCAUGUCCACAAGUACAAGUUGUUUCCACGGAAGAUGUUGCUGAAGAAAUAGUGAGCAAGGAGAAAGAGAUUGAGAUGCAAAAGGAAGAUCUGUUGUCGAAACCAGAGCAGAUAAGGGCUAAGAUCGUCGAAGGGAGGAUCAAGAAGAGGCUUGAUGAGCUUGCACUGUUGGAGCAGCCAUACAUCAAGAAUGAUAAGGUUCUGGUGAAGGACUGGAUCAAGCAAACAAUUUCCACCAUUGGGGAGAAUAUGAAGGUCAAACGAUUCGUGCGAUAUAACCUUGGUGAGGGUUUGGAGAAGAAGAGUCAGGAUUUUGCUGCUGAGGUUGCUGCACAAACUGCUGCUAAAUCAGCACCUGCACCACCAAAAGAUCAACCUGCUGCUGCAACAGAGGAGAAAGAAGCUGUUCAGAAGCCACCAGCAACAACAGUUUCUGCAGCACUCGUCAAGCAGCUGCGGGAAGAAACAGGAGCAGGGAUGAUGGACUGCAAGAAAGCCCUUGCGGAGACAGGUGGUGAUCUGGAGAAGGCACAGGACUAUCUCAGAAAGAAAGGCCUAUCAUCUGCCGACAAGAAAUCCAGUCGCCUAGCAGCUGAAGGACGAAUUGGUUCCUACAUUCACGACUCCCGAAUCGGAGUGCUGAUCGAGGUCAACUGCGAGACCGACUUCGUCGGCAGGGGCGACAUUUUCAAGGAACUGGUCGAUGAUCUGGCAAUGCAGGUCGUGGCUUGCCCACAGGUGCAGUUUGUGUCGACUGAAGAUGUGCCUAAAAGCAUUGUCGAGAAGGAGAAGGAACUCGAGAUGCAGAGAGAGGACCUUCAGUCGAAACCAGAGAACAUAAGGGAGAAGAUUGUUGAAGGAAGGAUCUCAAAGAGACUUGGAGAGCUUGCGCUUCUAGAACAACCUUUCAUUAAGGAUGACAAAUUGCUGGUGAAGGAUUUGGUGAAGCAAACUGUUGCUUCUCUUGGUGAGAAUAUAAAAGUCCGAAGGUUCGUGAGGUUUACACUUGGAGAUGAAACCGACUAAAGAAGAUGCAAAACCCUAGGAGUGAAGGUACUUGUUGCUUAAGGAACAGAGAAAAACUGGUGUCAUGAGGCUGUUACAGAAUCUAGUUUUUGGAUGAGAGGAUAGGAUUGUCCUGAUUCUUUUCUUUUUUGUGAUCAGAGCAAGUUAGCUUUUCCUUCUGUAUUAUUAUUAUUAGUAGUUGUUUUCUCCCCUUCUACAUUGAUCCAAACAACAAUUCUGAUAUGAAUCUGCUAAAAGUGUUCCUUCAUAAAUGAUAGCAGUUGCUGCUAAACUCAAUACAACAAUUACAAAAACUUGCAUUUUCUACUGUUGAGACUUGAGAAAAGCCAUCAUUUCCCAUGUAGGAUAUGUUUUG